UUAUGGGGCUUGCCAACAUAAGGGUUAAGAUACUGUCAGGUUUAAGCUCAACAUCCAAAUGUAUUCUUAGAUAUCAGCAUUCGACACCAAUCUCACUGAACAGCCAAUUAGGGCACCAGCACAGUACCUGAGCUGAGCCCGCCAUUUUGACACUGAGGCUAACGUGAGAGGCAAGACCUGACUUGACUAAAAGGCGAAUCUACGUUCAUGUGAAAGAAUUACUGCUGCAGGCGGGGUCACUCCCUUUUCGAAAGCAUAGUUUAGAAAUAACUGAAACUCUUUGGGAGAUAAUCUGAAACUCUUGGUUUAACUGGAACUGAACUCUGAUGUUCACCUGGAACGGACCAAAAUGACCAAAAUGGGAGACGCACUUCUUACAUUUUAUGUUUUUUUGAUCGGAUUCUCCUUGGUCAUGGCUAUAACUGUGAACAUCCCUCAAGACAACUACGAGUUUGCUCGUGGGGACAAUAUUACUCUGCCAUGUUCAUUCACAACCAAAGUGGCUAGUCCCCAAGCAAUUGUAACAUGGACUGUGGAAGGUGACGAAGGCGAAGAGCGUACCAUACUAACAUACUACAGUUUCUCACAAACGCUGGACAUCACAGAAGUGUAUGAGGGUCGGGUUGAUCUACUUCAUAACAUUGCUGCAGGAAAAGCUGACCUAAAGCUGAACAAUAUAGCACUUGCGGACAACAAAAAAUUUGAGUGUAAGAUCCAAGUCCCUAAAGAUGAUGAGGGUAAACCGGCGGACACUGCCAGACUGGUGGUGCUAGUGGCUCCAUCUCCACCCAUUUGUGCGGUUGAGGGGAAGCAGGAGUAUGGCCGGGACAUCAAACUCACCUGUCGGUCAGAGGAGGGCUCCCCGCCACCCAUAUAUAAGUGGCAAAGCCAUGACGUCAGAAACACACCCAGGCCUCUGCCCCCAAGAGCUACCGACCAAGGCGGAGUUUUGUCCCUCUUUAAUAUCUCCAUGGAGACAUCUGGCUACUACAUAUGCACAUCCUCCAAUAAGAUAAGAUCGGCCACCUGCAACAUGACUCUUUCUGUCAUGCCAAUGACCAUGAACAUGGGUAUGACCGCAGGGAUAAUCGGAGGUGUAGUCGCUGCCAUCCUCAGCCUAAUCUUGAUCAUCUACUGCUGUUGCUGCCGCAAAAAGAAGGUGGACGAGGAAUACGCCAUGGGAGAGCCAGAGGGAGGAAAGUAUCAUGACGGGGAGCCUGCAGAAGAAAGCCAGAUUAAUGCUGAGCGAGGAAACCGUGAGAGAACCCUAGACCGGGAUCGCCCCUAUGAGCGGAGUGAAUCUGACUAUGACGGCCAGAGUGACUACAACCACCGUAGCGACCGCUCUCAUAGGGAUGACCACCGAGAUGAGAGAUAUGAUGAUCGUUAUGAUGACCGACGUGACCGCCACAAUGAUCGAUAUGAUGACCGUUAUGAUGACCGGCGUGACAGUGAUCAAUACGAUGAUGACCGUCCCUCCAGUCGGAAUCGUUACAAUGAUAGGGGCGGGCCUCCUAGCGUACCUAUAAACAAGCCCUCGAGAAAUUAUGACUGAACAAGUUGAACUUGUGGUGAUCUAUUUUCAGCUGAUGCAAUAACCAGGUAUUUCUGGUGAUUCAUCUCUGAAAAUUAGAAAUAUACUAGAAAUGUUACAUAUAAUUUUCUAUAGAGCCUGGGAGGUCUCAUUGAGAGAUUUUUUUGUUGUUGUUGCGUAUCAAGAAAAUGUGCACUCGUUUUACAAAUGUGUGCUCAUUUUAGUAAAUCGUGCACCCAUUUCAGAAAAUAUGUGCUAAUUUUACUAAGUCGUGCACUCAUUUUACUAAAUUGUGCUCUCGUUUGAAAAUAGUGCUCUCGUUUGACUAAACUGUGGGCUCGUUUGACUAAAUUGGCCCUCAUUUUAAUUUAGUAGCCUGAUUUCUCGAUUCCUCAAUGAAAUAUCCUGGCCGUUAAGCAGAGGAGCACAUUGCUGUUUCCUGGUUUCUCCAUUUUUCCCAUGUCAAUAUACAGACAGUGUUGCCAGAUUGGGUUGAGUGAUUUCCGCCCAGUCAAGUUCAAAAACCCGCCCUCUUCAGCCAAAAACCGCCCCAACAAUGAUUUUGUCAAAGAGAGCCAUUCAACUCAAAAUUUUAUUUGCCCGCCUAAAGCUUAUUUUCCCCCUGCCCGACGAAGUCAAAAGAAGCCCAAUCUGGCAACACUGUAUAAAGAUCGUGACAAAGGAGGAUAUGUAUUUCCAGUAUCUUUUUUUUAUAAUUCAAAAUUUUAAAUAUGGGACUUUUUUAGAUUUUUUUUUCUUCAUAUUUUGAAGCCUGGUUUUAAUCAUAUUCUAAAUGGAUUGUGGUGAUGCUUAGUUAAAUAUAUAAUCCUUUCUUGUGAUAUAGCCUGAAAUAGCUUUCUUUGUGUUUUUGAUUUUCUGAUAAAUACAUUCCAAGAUACACAUUGUGCCUUAGCAUAGCACCACAUUUUGGCCCAUGGAAUAGUAUUAUCCAUUAGGCUACAUGUUACUGUGGAUACAGCCAUCUGUGAAUAUAAUGUAAAUAAACAAUGAAGUGACCUAUUAAUGCAUGAAA